GCAACUCCAGCUCAGCUGACUUGCGGCUGGUGGACGGGCCGCACCCUUGCGCCGGGAGGGUUGAGGUGCUCAACAGCGGGCAGUGGGGGACAGUCUGCGAUGACGGCUGGGACCUGAAGGACGCGGCGGUGGUGUGCAGGCAGCUGGGCUGUGGCAUGGCCAUGGCAGCCCCCAGCCGGGCCCGCUUUGGGCAGGGGAUGGGGCGCAUCUGGCUGGAUGACGUGGCCUGCACUGGGAGUGAGGACACUCUCGCCCAGUGCCAAGCCCGUCCCUGGGGACAGAGUAACUGCCACCACAGAGAAGAUGCUGGCGUGGUGUGCUCAGGUACAUCCCUCUCCUGCAACACGGGGUGUCCUGUCCGCCUCAUGAACGGCCCGCAUCACUGUGCCGGGAGAGUGGAGGUCUUUCACAACCAGCAGUGGGGGACGGUCUGCGACGACGGCUGGGACCUGAACGACGCGGCGGUGGUGUGCAGGCAGCUUGGCUGUGGCAGGGCCACGGCAGCCCCCAGCCGGGCCCGCUUCGGGCAGGGGACGGGGCAGAUCUGGCUGGAUGACAUGAGCUGCACCGGUAGCGAGGAAAACCUUGCCCAGUGCCAAGCCCAUCCCUGGGGACAGAGUAACUGCCACCACGGAGAAGAUGCUGGUGUGGUGUGCUCAGAUGCCAACAUCACGGAUGAGGCGCAGGUCCGUUUGGCUGACGGCCCAAAUCGCUGUGCCGGGAGAGUGGAAGUGCUUCAUGAGCAGCAGUGGGGGACCAUCUGUGAUGACAGCUGGGAUUUGAAGGACGCCAAGGUGGUCUGCCGGCAGCUGGGCUGCGGGACCGCCGUGGCAGCCCCAGGCCAAGCUCACUUCAGGCAAGGGGUGGACCCCAUCUGGCUGGAUGACGUGGAGUGCACUGGCAUGGAGACUGCCUUCUCCCAAUGCCGCCUUAGCAGCUGGGGACUCCAUAACUGCAACCAUGAGGAAGACGCGGGAGUCGUGUGCUCAGGCACAAACCCCUUGCAGGUGCGGGUGAAAGAUGGUCCCGGUCCCUGCGCGGGGCAGGUGGAGGUGCUCUACAACGCUACGUGGCAUGGGGUGUGCAGCAGCGGCUGGAGCUUGCUGGAAGCCGGGGUGGUCUGCAAGCAGCUGGGCUGCGGGCCAGCCCUGUCAGCACCCAGCGGAGCCCAGCUCAGCCCGGGGGGCGGCCGUGCCUUGCUGGAGGGGCUGAGCUGCCGGGGGACAGAGUCGCUGCUCCUGGAGUGCCAGCAGAGAGAGAUGGGGCUGGGGCCGUGCAGGCAGGGCUCGGCAGCCAGCGUGGUGUGCACGAGGCCAAAGGCCCACCGGCACUCUGGCGACCAGGACACUUCAGCGAUGUCCUUCCAGCCCACAGGGGCCAUCUACCUCCCCACCAAGGCAGAAGACCCCGAGGAUGCUGACACCGAGACAACACAGCUCAUGAGAGAAGAUGCUGCCCCAUGA